AUCUAGCAAUAAUUUUUCCUUCUCUUUUCUUCAAAAUUCCCCAUUUUUCUCUCAUUUCUUCUUCUUCUUCUUCUUCUUCUUCUUCCUCAUCUUCCAUCAUCUUCCAUCAUCUUCCUUAACGCUAACGUCAAUUUUCGUCGUCUAUCUCGAAUUUUCUACCUUUGUCGGUCGCUGUUAGUUUCCCUUUUUCCUCUUCCUCUGAAUUCCCCCAAUAAUGCUGGCUCUACAUUCCCCCUUCCAAAUCUCCGAUGCCUCCACCACCGCUGAUCACCUCCUUACCCCCACCCCAUUUCCCCUUCCCCCCACCCCAAGAGGCUUACUUACCGGAAGAUCCCAAUGUACGGACGUCUAAAUUAUUGGUGAUUGGUCAUAGAGGAUGCGGGAUGAACAUCUUGCACUCCUCUGAUUCUCGUUUCAAAUUCAUGAAGGAGAAUUCCAUUCUGUCCUUCAAUGCGGCCGCUAAGUUUCCUGUUGAUUUCAUCGAAUUCGAUGUUCAGGUAACUAAAGAUGGGUGUCCUGUCAUUUUCCAUGACUGUUUGAUUCUUACCGAGGAAAAGGGUGUUAUUGUGGAGAAAAGAGUUACCGAGCUCAUGUUGGAAGAAUUUCUUUCAUAUGGGCCACAACAUGAUCCUAGGAAGGUAGGUAAACCGCUAUUUAGGAGGACAGUAGAUGGGGGAGUAUAUGAGUGGAAAGUUGAAAACGAUGCGCCGCUAUGCACGUUGCAAGAAGCUUUUGAGAAGGUUGAGCAUUCAGUUGGUUUUAAUGUAGAAUUGAAGUUUGAUGAUCUGCUAGUAUACGAAGAGGAGCAACUUUCUCAAAUGAUCCAACAAGUUUUACAGGUAGUGGAAAUGAAUGCCAAGGGCAGACCUAUUAUAUAUUCUAGCUUUAUACCUGAUGCUGCCCAAUUGGUUAAAAAACUUCAGAGCACCUACCCGGUAUUCUUCCUGACGAAUGGAGGGUCGAAAAUUUAUCCUGAUAUUAGAAGGAAUUCGCUAGAGGAAGCCAUUAACGUGUGUAUGGUGGGAGGUUUGAAUGGAAUUGUUGCCGAAGUCACAUCAAUUUUGAGAAAUCCUGCUGCAGUUGAUAAAAUUAGAAUUGCAGGACUCUCACUUAUAACCUAUGGCCAAUUGAAUAAUCUUCCGGAAGUGGUGUAUGUGCAACGUUUGCUGGGCAUUGAAGGAGUAAUUGUUGAUUUAGUACAAGAGAUCACGGAGGCAGUCUCUUCUACCAUCCCUUCUGAGCAGGAAGAGGGCUCGCGCGAGCAGCAAAUGGACGUGAAGGCUAGAACAAAACCCAACCUCUCCCAAAAGAGGGAUUGCUUUCUAAUGAACGGCGAGCAGGUAUGCUCACAGAACAUAAGUUUAAGUUCGCAUAUUGAUAAUAUAAUACAGCUUUAUCAAUGUAAAUAAGCAAUGAUCUUGAUAGCUGUGGCAUUCGACAUUGAUGACAUUAUUCAUGUUUAUCAAUGAUGUAGAUAGAACGUUGACAUUCUUACACUUUCUGUACAAUAAAAUGUAGAAAGAAAGACCAAACGUUGGUCUCUAGUA